CGUCCACACAUAGCAAACGAAAACAACAUCUGUGGUAGCAACACCACCAAACAAACCCAGGCCUCUAGAUGGAGCAGCCAUCCACCAGCGCCGAGGCGGCGGCCGCCGCUGCUGGCGGUGGUCCGGAUCCACGUCUGGAGCUGAUGGGUUCGUUUGUUAUUAAAUCUCUCAAAUUGAAACCUGAGAAAUGGACACGUGUCAUCACUGUCGAGGAGCACAAAGGGAUUAUCAAGGAGUUUUUGGAUCGCAGCGUACCUGUCGUUUUGAUUAUCAUCCUAACGCCUGCUGCCCAACUUGUACCGUCCACAACGUUCCCAUUGUCGCAGCUAAAGAGCAAGGGUGUUUACUUUAUUAAGAGGUAUGCCAAGCCGGUGCCACGUGAGAAUUGUGGCAAUUUCAUCAUCUUUGGGGACCUGGCCACCCGCACAAUUGAUCAGCUCUCGGCACUCGUUGAGGAGGUGCUUGUGCCCCUGCUUUCCAAUGAGGACAACUAUAGAAGCUGGCCCAUUAUGGUGGCCCAGGAUGUGCAGAAGCAUGUGCACAGUCUGAAGAGCACCGUGCAUCAGGUGAAGGGACAGGUGAGCGGUGAAACAAUCUUGGCCAUGCCUGUGGGCGUCGAGAAAAUUGUUAAGGCCGCCAAGGAGUUGACCGAAACGCAGCAUUGCCAGUUCGACUUGUACCUCAAGAGUGCCAUUGAGGGCGUUGUCAUCAAGUGGGCUACGCAGAUACACGAGGUCAUCAAGGAGAGUCCAACGAAUGCCUUUGCCAACGGACAGAAUCCAACGCCACACACGGAGUUUACAUUUUGGAACAAUCGACUGAAAAAUCUAUCCUUUAUCUAUGACCAAUUGCGCAAUGAACGUAUACGAGCCAUGGCCUUAAUAUUGGAGUAUUCAUUGAGUGCCUAUCAUCCGUGCUUUCAAACGCUCUUCAAAAACGUUGUUACGGCACUUGCAGAGGCAAAGGAUAUAACACUAUAUUUGAACCCUUUGAAACGCCCCUUGCAUCAACUGGAGGAAAUUGAUUUUUCCGAAUUCAAGCCAUUGCUCAUACCCUUCAUGCAUACUGUCUGCACGCUUUGGGGCAACUCACGCUAUUACUGUCAGUCGGCGAAGAUAACAGUUCUAUUGCAAGAGAUAUGCAACUUGAUUAUACAUCAGGCCAAGCGCUAUUUGGAUCCCUCGUCUAUAUUCCAUAGCGAUAUUGAUGAGGCUAUGCAACGCCUCACACUCUCCAUUCAAAUACUAAAGUUCUUUAGGGAACUAUUCGACUAUUACAAGGAACGUUUGGCCGCAUUUUUCACGGAACCCGAGGAGCGGCCACCGAUUUUAUGGACUUUUCAUCCAAAUUCAGUUUUCAAGCGCUUUAAUGCAUUCCUCGAGCGUCUAACAACGAUUCAGUGGUUCUUCUUUACUGUGAUUGAAUUCCUGAAAUUAGAGAAAGUCGAAAUCGGUGGACUGCGUGGUCGACAGCUAAGCACACGCAUCACGGAUGUUUAUGUGGAGUUUAAUCAAUACUUUACGGCAUUUGCCUCAAAAAGCUAUGAUGUCUUGGAUCCAGAUGAUCAUGAAUUCGACGAAGACUUUCGCGGCUUUCAAACGCGUAUACUGGAGUUGGAUAUGAAAUUGGCAGCCAUUCUGUGCCAGGCCUUCGACGAUUGUCACAACUUAGAGAGUAUUUUUAAACUUAUCAGCAUUGUGGGUAGUGUUCUUGAUCGACCAAAGAUCAAGGAAGAGUUCACACAGCGUUACGCAGAAAUUGUACGCAUGCUGGAUGAGGAGCUGACAGUCUGCGAGAGCAUAUACGACAAGCAGAUUCUACUGAUCAGGGAUGAUGAAUCCUUAUACCCUAAUUACAACUGUCCACCUGUGGCAGCCUUUAUACGCUGGUGCCAUCAACUGGAGACGCGCAUUACGGUACCAGUGAAGCACUUCAAGGCGCUGCAGCAUGACAUUACCAAAACAGAGAAAUCCCUGGAAAUUAUAGAGCGUUACGAGUGCCUCAUAGUCAAGUUGGGCGUCUGUAAGACGCAGUUCUUUGACGAAUGGUCAGUGCAGUUGGCCGAGCAAAUUGAGGAGGAUCUAAAGAAGUCAUUGAUAGCUCGCGACCAGCACAGCAACUCGUUGAUUCUCAACUUUAGCAGUACUUUAUUCUCCAUUCUGCGAGAGGUGCACUACAUGCAGCAAAUGAAAAUCGAUGGAAUACCCGAGAUAGCCAUUGACUUUGCUGAAAAGAGCGAUGUCUUGCGUUCGUAUACAUUGAACCUGGAGAAGACCAUUGAUUGGUAUAACAGCAUACAGGAGGGCAGUUCACCGGUGGAGCUCAGACUGAUUGAACCGGAGAUAAAAAUGAUUGAUGAUCUUGUUGAAAUUGGUGUGGAUCACCUUGUUUGGAAUUCAUCAGAUAUUAUGAGCUAUCUGGAGAAGCUGCGCAAUCCUGUGGCUGCUCUACGCAAUCGUAUGAAUCACACUCAGGAGAAUCUACGCCAAAUACGCAAAAUAAUGGAGGUUUGGGCCAAGCAGCCGCUUUUUGAGAGACGCGACUGUAAGAAAGAUACUGUGCUAUCAAUAGACGAAAGACCCGAUCGCACUGCUAAGCGUUACUCGGAGAUACAGGCAGCCUCUGUGGAGAUUCAUAAACUUCUCCAAGACAACAUGCUGCAGUUCGACAUGGAGCAAAAGCAAAACGAUGCCGUCUGGCUGAGCUACGUCGACUUUGUCGACAAUAUUGUCUAUGAAAACAUAUUGCGUACAGUGGGAGUCAGUGUGGGAUAUCUAGCAGAGAAUAUGGAUCCCGACAACAAUUAUGCACCGCUGUUUGAAUCACGCCUGGAGCUGUUGGAGCCCAAUUUGGUGUUUGUCCCUUCCCUGGAGCCAGACGAUCCAAUGGGUUUUAACAACAUGCUGAUCGAGCUUAUGCGCGACAUUAUGAAGAUGGGAUCACUUGUCAAGCGAUUGAAGCCGAAUGAGAAACGCAAUUAUGUGGAGCUUAUUAAGGAAAAUCAGGACAUUAUUGAUAUGCGACGCGAGAUCCUCAAUGGCGUUGACUUGGUCAUGGAGGAGGCUUCACGUUUCUGUCGACAGUUCGAACGCUACUCGUAUCUGUGGCUAGACGAUCGAGAAGAAUGCAUGGAAUACUUUUUGGAAUACGGCCGCAUGUUGGAUCCAGAUGAAAUUGAGCUAAUACAAAUGAAUGAUCCAGCUGCCCCUCCUCCGCCAGAGCCUUGCCAGCCCACCAUCGAGGCAUUUAGGGAGCAAAUCGACAACUAUGAGUCGCUGUUCAGUGAGAUUGAGGAUAUUCCCUCGUUUCAAGUGUUCAGCUCAUGGUUUCAAGUGGAUGUACGUCCCUUUCGGCAAGCAUUGCUCAAUACCGUCUGCAAGUGGGGCAAUAUGUUCAAGGAGCAUCUGGUGACAACUGUAACAUCCAGCCUCAUGAAUCUCAGUCACUUUAUACGCAAGGCCGACGAGGGUCUGUUGCAGACAGUAAAGGAAAAAGACUACGAGGGUCUGGUCAGCAUUAUGGCCUAUUUGAUGCAGGUGAAGGAGCGUGCUGCCAACACCGAUGAGAUGUUUGAACCCAUGCAGGAAACCAUUCAGCUGCUUAAGUACUACGACAUGGACAUACCUGAGGAAGUGAAUGUGCUGCUGCAGGAGCUGCCUGAGCAGUGGGCCAACACCAAGAAGAUUGCAACCACAGUUAAGCAACAGGUGUCUCCUCUGCAAGCCACCGAGGUGGUCAGCAUAAGGAACAAAAUAACUCUCUUCGAAGCACAUAUCCAACUAUUCCGCGAGGUCUUCAAGCAGUACGAUUUCUUCCGGUUUGACUGCUUCAAGCCAUAUUUGUUAAUGGAUCGCAUCAAUGACGACAUGUAUCUGUGCGAGAGGGAAAUGGGCGAGAUUCAGAAGUCGGGCAGCCUCUUUGAAGUCAAUAUACCAGAGUUUAAGGUUCUCAAGCAAUGUCGCAAGGAGCUGCGCAUGCUCAAGCAACUUUGGGAUUAUGUGAACAUUGUGCAAACCAGCAUCGAGGAUUGGAAGACAACUCCAUGGCGUAAGGUCGAUGUUGAGAAUAUGGAUAUUGAAUGCAAGAAAUUUGCUAAGGAUAUCCGUCUAUUGGAUAAGGAAAUGCGCACCUGGGAUACAUUUAUCAACCUCGAGUCGACGGUGAAAAAUAUGUUAACCUCUCUCCGAGCUGUCGGUGAAUUACAAAAUCCGGCGAUUCGGGAACGACACUGGAAUCAACUUAUGAACUCAACCAAGAGUCUGGCCGCCUUGCCAAAGGAAGUAACAGUCAAAUUCAUAAUGGAUCACGAGACAACUUUGGCGGAACUAUUGGGCUUGAACCUUCAUGAAUGUGAGGAGGAAGUAAAGAAUAUUGUGGAUAAGGCUGUUAAGGAAAUGUCAAUGGAGAAAAUAUUGAGAGACCUAAACUCAACGUGGUCGGCAAUGGAGUUCGAUCAUGAGCUGCAUCCGCGCACUGGCUGCAAACUCCUUAAGGCAUCGGAAGAACUCAUAGAGACGCUUGAAGAGAACCAGGUUUGCCUACAAAAUUUAAUAACAUCCAAGUACAUCGCUCAUUUCCUCGAAGAAGUUUCAACUUGGCAAAACAAAUUGAUGAUUGCCGAUCAAGUGAUAACCGUAUGGUUUGAGGUGCAACGCACUUGGACCCAUCUUGAGAGUAUCUUCAUGAGUUCGGAAGACAUACGCAAACAGCUCCCCGUCGAUUCGGUUCGUUUCGAUAACAUCGAUGCCGAAUUCCGUGUACUCAUGGAUGAGAUGUCCGUCUCAUCGAAUGUGGUGGCAUCAACAAAUCGAUCAGGGCUAAUCGAACGUUUGGAGCAUUUGCAAAAGGAGCUUACGCUAUGCGAAAAGGCACUGGCAGAGUACUUGGAAACAAAACGUUUGGCUUUUCCUCGUUUCUAUUUUGUAUCAUCGGCCGACUUGCUCGAUGUGCUCAGCAAUGGCAUUCAACCGGAAAUGGUCACCAAGCAUCUGACCAAGCUAUUUGAUUCGAUAGCCCGUCUCAAAUUCAAUCGUGAUGAGGCCAAUGAGAUAGAGACAGCUUCUGGAAUGUACGCCAAAGAUGGCGAAUACGUUGAAUUCAAUGAACUGGCUAGCAUUCGUGGCCCAGUUGAAGUCUGGCUAAAUCGCAUUCAAGCGGCGAUGCGAGCCUCCCUGCGACACUAUGUCACCGAAGCUGUCGUCGCUUAUGAGGAAAAGCAACGUGAGCAAUGGUUAUUCGACUAUCCUGCCCAGGUGUCGCUUUGCGGCUCACAGAUCUGGUGGUCAACAGAGGUGAACAUCGCCUUUAGCCGACUGGAGGAGGGCUAUGACAAUGCCAUCAAGGACUAUUACAAGAAACAAAUCUCACAACUCAGUUUACUCAUAACACUGCUGCUCGGCGAGCUGACCAAGGGGGAUCGUCAGAAAAUAAUGACGAUAUGCACGAUUGAUGUGCACUCAAGAGAUGUGGUCGCUAAGAUGAUUCAGGCCAAAUUGGAUUCAGGUUCGGCUUUUAUGUGGCAAUCGCAGCUGCGCCAUCGAUUCGAUGAUGUUGAGAAAGAUUGCUUUGCCAAUAUUUGCGACGCUGAGUUCCAGUAUUGUCACGAAUACUUAGGCAAUACCCCACGCCUGGUCAUAACGCCGCUCACAGAUCGCUGUUACAUAACACUCACACAAAGCUUACACUUGGUCAUGGGCGGCGGACCAGCUGGUCCUGCUGGCACUGGCAAAACGGAGACAACCAAGGAUCUGGGUCGUGCCAUAGGUAUCAUGGUCUACGUCUUCAACUGCUCCGAACAGAUGGAUUAUCAAUCCUGCGGAAACAUUUACAAAGGCCUCGCACAAACGGGCGCCUGGGGCUGCUUCGAUGAGUUCAAUCGUAUUACGGUUGAGGUGCUGUCCGUCGUGGCCGUACAGGUCAAGUCCGUUCAGGAUGCAAUUCGUGACAAAAAGGACAAGUUCAACUUUAUGGGCGAGUUUAUCACAUGCGUACCAACGGUCGGCAUAUUUAUUACAAUGAACCCGGGCUAUGCCGGACGUACAGAGCUGCCGGAAAACUUGAAGGCACUCUUUCGACCCUGUGCCAUGGUGGUGCCAGACUUUGAACUCAUUUGCGAGAUUAUGCUCGUGGCCGAGGGCUUUCAAGAUGCCCGCGUCCUGGCCCGCAAAUUCAUCACACUCUACACGCUCUGCAAGGAGCUGCUCUCCAAGCAAGAUCACUACGAUUGGGGCUUGCGUGCCAUCAAGUCUGUACUGGUGGUCGCCGGUUCACUAAAGCGCGGCGAUCCUGGACGCCCUGAGGAGGAGGUAUUGAUGCGCGCAUUGAGAGAUUUUAACAUACCAAAGAUAAUCACAGAUGAUAUGCCAGUGUUCAUGGGGCUCAUCAGCGAUCUAUUUCCCGCUUUGGAUGUGCCACGCAAACGUGAUCAGGACUUUGAACGCACCGUAAAACAAGCUGCCUCCGAUUUGCUACUACAACCGGAAGAUAAUUUCAUAUUGAAAGUAGUGCAACUGGAGGAACUGUUGGAGGUACGUCAUUCUGUAUUCAUUGUUGGCAAUGCUGGCACUGGUAAAACACAAGUGUGGAAGACGCUGCUGCGCACCUAUCAGAACAUUAAACGGAAGCCCAUAUUCAAUGACUUGAAUCCAAAAGCGGUGACCAAUGAUGAACUUUUCGGCAUUAUCAACCCGGCGACACGCGAGUGGAAGGACGGGCUGUUCUCAGUGCUGAUGCGGGACCAGGCAAACAUAACGGGUGAUCAACCCAAGUGGAUUGUGCUCGAUGGCGAUAUCGAUCCCAUGUGGAUCGAGAGCUUGAACACCGUAAUGGAUGAUAACAAAGUUUUAACUUUGGCCAGCAAUGAGCGCAUUGCGUUGACACCUUCGAUGCGUUUGCUCUUUGAGAUCUCGAAUCUGAGAACAGCGACACCGGCAACCGUAUCCAGGGCUGGCAUAUUGUACAUUAAUCCACAGGACUUGGGUUGGAAUCCCUAUGUGACCAGUUGGGUUGAAACGCGAAAAAUUCCAGCCGAAAAGUCCAAUUUGGUCAUGUUAUUCGAUAAGUACAUACCGCCUUCAUUGGAGACGAUUCGCGUGCGUUUCAAAAAGAUCACGCCUGUCGCUGAAAUGGCCCACAUACAAAUGCUGUGCCAUCUACUAAACUGUUUUCUAAUCCCAGCGAACACGCCGGCCGAUUGUCCAAAAGAAUGGCACGAGCUGUACUUUGUUUUUGCUUGUAUUUGGGCAUUCGGUUCGGCCAUGUUCCAGGAUCAAGCCAUUGAUUAUCGCGUGGAGUUCAGCAAAUGGUGGGUAAAUGAGUUCAAAACUGUUAAGUUUCCAGCAGGCGGCACAGUUUUCGAUUACUUUUUGGAUAGCGAGACAAAGACCUUCAUGCCCUGGACGGAGAAGAUACCCAAAUUUGAGCUGGACUCGGAUCUGCCAUUGCAAGCUGUGCUCGUGCACACCUCCGAGUCAAUUCGACUGCGAUAUUUCCUCGACCUGCUCAUGGAUAAGAAGCACCCGGUGAUGCUAGUGGGCAAUGCCGGUUGCGGCAAGACCGUACUGGUCAAUGAGAAGCUUCAAUCGCUUUCUGAGAAUUACGCUGUCACCACAAUACCAUUCAAUUUCUAUACCACGUCCGAAAUGUUGCAAAAGAUACUCGAGAAACCGCUGGAAAAGAAAGCGGGUCGCAACUACGGACCGCCCGGCAACAAGACCUUGAUCUACUUUGUUGACGACAUCAAUAUGCCCGAGGUGGACUGCUAUGGCACCGUUCAGCCGCACACUCUAAUGCGCCAACAUCUGGACUAUGGUCAUUGGUAUGAUCGCAACAAGUUGACACUCAAGGACAUCCAUAAUUGUCAAUAUGUGGCCUGCAUGAAUCCUACCUCGGGCAGCUUUACCAUCAAUCCACGUCUGCAACGGCAUUUUUGUGUAUUGGCCGUUAGUUUCCCAGGUGUUGACUCUAUAACUGUUAUGUAUUCGGCAAUAUUGGCACAACACUUUGCCAAUGCCGAGCAGAAGUUCACACCGAUCGUCACCCGAAUGACACCUAAUAUUGUGGCAGCCACGAUUGCGUUGCACAAUAAAUGCCUGCAGGUCUUUCUACCCACGGCCAUUAAAUCGCAUUAUAUCUUCAAUUUGCGCGACAUCAGCAAUGUUUUUCAAGGUCUGCUAUUCAGCUCGACGGAGUGCUUGACGGGCUCAACAGAUCUUAUACGUUUGUGGCAACAUGAGACACAGCGUGUGUACUCGGAUAAGCUAACUGAUGAUAAGGAUAUUGAUAGCUUUACCAAAAUGCAGCAUGACAUUGUCAAGAAGUCGUUCGAAGAAAUUGACGAAUCCGUUAUAUUCGACAAGCCGAAUAUUUACUGUCAUUUCGCUGGAGGAAUUGGUGAUCCUAAGUACAUGCCCAUCAAGGGUUGGCCUGAGCUUCACAAACUCCUUCAGGAAGCAAUGUCAUCGUAUAAUGAUCUAGUCGCUGCCAUGAAUCUGGUGUUAUUCGAGGAUGCGAUGAUGCAUGUCUGCAGAAUCAAUCGCAUAUUAGAAUCGCCGCGUGGCAGCGCUUUAUUGGUUGGUGUUGGUGGCAGUGGCAAACAAUCUCUAGCGCGCUUGGCAGCAUUCAUAUCCAGCUUGGAGGUUGUGCAGAUACAGCUCAAGAAAGGUUAUGGUGUCAACGACUUGAAAAACGAGUUCUCCGGUUUGUAUCUGAAGGCCGGUCUCAAAAAUGUUAGCAUCAUGUUCCUUAUGACGGAUGCACAGAUACCGAGCGAGGAUUUUCUUGUCUUAAUCAACGAUUUGUUAGCCACUGGCGAGAUUCCAGAUCUAUUUCCGGACGACGAAAUCGAGAACAUAAUCGCUGGCGUGCGUAAUGAGGUCAAAGGUGCGGGACUGGUUGAUACGCGAGAAAACUGCUGGAAAUUCUUCAUCGAUCGUGUACGCAAGCAACUUAAGAUAGUUCUGUGUUUUUCACCAGUGGGUUCAACAUUGCGUGUUCGGUCGAGAAAAUUCCCUGCCAUCAUCAAUGCAACAUCCAUCAAUUGGUUCCACGAAUGGCCUCAGGAGGCACUCAUAUCGGUUGCCAUGAACUUUUUGGCACAAAACAAAGUGUUGCCAGAGAAUCACCGUGAUUCUGUGGCCAAGUUCAUGGCCUACGUGCACACGUCGGUCAACACGACGUCCAAGGUUUAUUUACAGAAUGAACGUCGUUACAACUACACCACACCCAAAAGUUAUCUCGAACAGAUCAAUUUAUAUCUGAAGCUACUCAAUCACAAACACGAAGAUUUGCAGAGCAAAAUCGAGCGUCUGGAGAACGGUCUGGAAAAGCUGCGCUCAACGGCAGUGCAGGUAGCUGACUUGAAAGUCAAGCUAGCUGUCCAAGAGGUUGAGCUGAAGGAGAAGAACGAUGCGGCCGAUGCCUUGAUCGAAAUUGUGGGCAUUGAAACGGAGAAAGUGCAAACGGAAAAAGCCGUGGCCGAUGAGGAGGAAAUGAAGGUUGCUUUGAUAGCCGACGAAGUGAGCAAAAAGCAACGCGAUUGCGAGGAAGAUCUCUUGAAAGCAGAGCCAGCCCUAACAGCCGCCCAAGAGGCUUUAAACACUCUUAACAAGGCCAAUUUGACAGAGCUCAAGAGCUUUGGAUCACCACCUGGCGCGGUCACAAAUGUUACUGCUGCUGUUAUGGUGCUCCUAGCGCCUGGUGGCAAGCUACCCAAGGAUCGCUCCUGGAAGGCAGCUAAAAUUUCAAUGGCCAAAGUAGACACAUUCCUCGAUGCGCUGAUUAACUACGACAAGGAGAAUAUCCAUCCCGAGAUUAUCAAAGCCAUCCAACCCUAUCUCAAAGAUCCUGAGUUCGAACCAGAGUUUGUGCGCUCAAAGUCUGGCGCUGCGGCCGGACUAUGUGCUUGGGUUAUUAAUAUCAUCAAGUUCUAUGAAGUUUACUGCGAUGUGGAGCCCAAGAGGAAGGCUCUUGCUGCAGCCAAUGCCGAACUUGCUGCAGCCCAGGAUAAACUUGCAGGCAUCAAGCGCAAAGUUGCGAGUCUAGAAGAGCAGCUCGCCAAGCUUACGGCGGACUUCGAAAAGGCCAUUGCAGAUAAACUUCGUUGUCAACAGGAGGCGGAUGCAACACAAGCCACAAUUGCCUUAGCCAAUCGUCUUGUUGGCGGCCUGGCCAGUGAGAAUGUCCGGUGGGCUGAGGCAGUUAAUAACUUCGUCAAGCAGGGCAUUACUUUACCCGGCGAUAUUCUACUCAUAACCGCCUUCAUUUCCUAUGUCGGUUGUUUCACGAAGGGAUUCCGCAUUGAUCUAUUGCAAAAGAUGUGGACACCCUUUCUUAAGAGCAUUGAUCCACCCAUACCCACAACUGAAAAUCUCGAUCCACUCACCCUGCUCACAGAUGAUACGACCAUCGCUAUUUGGACAAACGAAGGACUACCCAGUGAUCGCAUGUCCAUCGAGAAUGCGACGAUUCUAUCCAAUUCGGAUCGUUGGCCACUGAUGAUUGAUCCACAAUUGCAGGGCGUGAAAUGGAUUAAGCAAAAGUAUGGAGAGGACCUGAAGGUCAUAAGAUUGGGACAGCGUAACUACUUGGAUAUUAUUGAGAAAUCAAUCAAUACCGGUAUCACAGUGUUGAUAGAGAACAUUGAUGAGAACUUAGAUCCUGUUUUGGACUCAUUGCUCGGCCGAAAUCUGAUCAAGAAGGGCAAAGCUAUUAAGAUCGGAGACAAGGAGAUUGAAUAUAACUCGACAUUCCGUUUAAUUCUGCACACAAAACUAGCUAAUCCGCACUACAAACCAGAGAUGCAAGCACAAACAACUCUGAUCAAUUUUACUGUCACUCGCGAUGGCUUAGAGGAUCAGCUGCUCGCAGAGGUCGUGAAGGCCGAACGUCCCGAUCUGGAGGAUCUGAAGGCCGAGUUAACCAAACAGCAAAACGAUUUUAAGAUAAUGCUAAAGAAGCUGGAGGAUGAUUUGCUAUCACGUCUAUCUUCGGCGGGUGAGAAUAUUUUAGGUGACACGGCAUUGGUGGAGAAUCUGGAGACAACAAAGAGCACAGCCUCCGACAUUGAGGAAAAAGUUGCCGAAGCGAAGAUAACAUCCAAGGAAAUCGAUAAGGCCCGUGAAUACUAUAGGCCAGCGGCGGCCAGAGCAAGUCUUUUGUACUUUAUCCUUAACGAAUUGAACACAAUCAAUCCGAUCUAUCAGUUCUCCCUGAAGGCUUUUAGUGUAGUGUUCCAAAAGGCCAUAGCCAAGGCUGAACCGGGCGAAACUUUGGAUUUGCGUGUUUCAAAUCUGAUCGAUUGCAUAACGUAUUCGGUCUUUCAGUAUACUUCGCGUGGUCUUUUCGAAUGCGACAAACUCAUCUUCGCCUCGCAAAUGACUUUUCAGAUACUGCUGAUGAACGAGGAGGUCUCAUCUGCGGAACUGGACUUCCUACUCCGCUUCCCGAUAAAACCACAUGUGACAAGUCCUGUGGAUUUCUUGAGUAAUCAAUCGUGGGGCGGAAUUUGCAGUCUAGCGUCCAAAGAUGAGUUUCGGAACUUGGAUCGCGACAUUGAGACUUCAUCAAAACGCUGGAAGAAACUCGUGGAAUCGGAGCUACCAGAAAAAGAGAAAUUCCCACAGGAAUGGAAGAACAAAACCGCAUUACAACGUCUCUGCAUGAUAAGAGCCUUGAGACCCGAUCGUAUGACUUAUGCAUUAGCUGACUUCAUUGAGGAGAAACUGGGUUCCAAAUAUGUAGAAAAUCGCGCUAUGGAGUUUGCAAAAUCCUAUGAGGAAGCCAGUCCUUCAACACCUAUUUUCUUUAUACUGUCACCUGGUGUCAAUCCCUUGAAAGAUGUUGAAGCUUUGGGCAAACAAAUGGGCUUUAGCUUGGACUUAGGAAACUUUCACAAUGUAUCCCUAGGUCAGGGUCAGGAGUCUAUUGCCGAGGCAGCCAUGGAUACGGCGGCCAAAAAUGGACAUUGGGUUGUAUUGCAAAAUAUUCACUUGGUAAGAAAAUGGCUGCCGGUUCUUGAAAAAAAAUUGGAACAUUAUGCUGAUGGUUCCCAUCCGGACUAUCGCAUGUUCUUAAGCGCCGAACCAGCCUCAACACCAUCAGCUCACAUAAUACCCCAGGGUAUCUUGGAGUCAUCUAUUAAGAUUACCAAUGAACCGCCAACGGGCAUGUUGGCCAAUUUGCAUAAAGCACUUGACAAUUUCACACAGGAAACCCUUGAGAUGUCCGGCAAGGAAGCCGAGUUCAAGGCCAUACUCUUUUCCCUCUGUUAUUUCCAUGCUGUAGUCGCUGAGCGUCGUAAAUUUGGUCCGCAAGGCUGGAACAAGAUCUAUCCAUUUAACGUGGGCGACUUGAAUAUCAGUGUAUCGGUGUUGUACAACUAUCUCGAGGCCAAUGCGAAGGUACCAUGGGAGGAUUUGCGUUAUCUCUUUGGCGAGAUUAUGUAUGGCGGACACAUAACUGAUGAUUGGGACAGACGCUUGUGCAUCACCUACUUGGAGGAGUACAUGCAGCCAGACUUGGUCGAUGGUGAACUGUUCCUGGCACCCUCUUUUGCUGCGCCACCCAACACCGACUAUCUGGGGUAUCAUACUUAUGUGGAUGAAAUGAUGCCAGCCGAGUCACCUUAUUUAUAUGGUCUACAUCCAAAUGCAGAAGUUGGAUUUCUAACAACUAGAGCGGAGAAUAUAUUCCGCACCGUCUUCGAAAUGCAGCCCCGAGAUGCGGGUGCUGGGGGAGGCGCAACUGUUACCCGUGAGGAUAAGGUUAAACAAAUUGUUGAUGAAAUUAUUGAGAAGCUGCCGGAAGAGUUCAACAUGGUUGAGAUAAUGAACAAAGUGGAGGAACGUACUCCAUACGUAAUUGUGGCGUUUCAGGAAUGCGAACGUAUGAAUUUUCUAACCAGCGAAAUGAAGCGUAGCUUAAAAGAGCUCGAUCUGGGCCUAAAAGGCGAAUUGACCAUUACCUCAGAUAUGGAGGUGCUGGAGAAUUCAUUAUUUUUGGAUCAAGUGCCGCCCAUUUGGACGCAACGUGCCUAUCCCUCACUGCUGGGGCUCAACAAUUGGUUUAUCGAUUUGUGUUUGCGUCUGCGAGAGUUGGAAACUUGGUCUACAGAUUUUGUGCUGCCCUCAUGCGUUUGGCUGGCUGGUUUUUUUAACCCCCAAUCUCUGCUAACCGCCAUCAUGCAGAGCACCGCCCGACGCAAUGAGUUGCCACUGGACAAGAUGUGCCUGCAGUGUGACGUGACCAAGAAACAGAAGGAGGAAUUUACCACGGCACCGCGGGACGGCUGCUGUGUUCAUGGAAUCUAUAUGGAGGGCGCCAGAUGGGAUAUACAGCAGGGUAUUAUUAUGGAAUCACGUCUCAAAGAACUUUAUCCAUCAAUGCCAGUGAUCAAUAUUCGAGCCAUUACCCAAGACAAGCAGGACUUGAGGAAUAUGUACGAAUGCCCCGUAUAUAAAACACGCACACGAGGUCCAACCUAUGUCUGGACAUUCAACCUAAAGACCAAAGACAAGCCAGGGAAAUGGACCCUGGCAGGCGUUGCUUUGCUCUUACAAACCUAGGAAUGCAGAAAAUACAAUAUUUUAUUAAUAAUAUUUUUAGUAGUAUUAGAAAAAUUUUCUUCAUUCAAGUAACUCUUUGAGCAAUUAUGCUUAUUAUAUUUUAUUAACUUGGUAGAAUUACAAAUUCCACUAUUUUCCUAUUCUAAGCACUAUUUUUCCUAAAUAAAAUCACAUUCUCUGUAGACUUGCCCUAGGCGCACUAGCAUAAAAAAACAUGGAAUGUCUUUAUUUUAUUUACGGGGGAAAUUAAAAAAAACAACAAAAGUGUUUAUUGUUUACACUCCAAAUGAAACGUGUAAAGCCCCAAGGAAAUGCCAUAAAUCAACGGACCUUGUGUGAUUAGUCAGUGAAUA